CUCUCUCUCUCUCUGCUAUACGCACAAAAACAAUAGAGUUGCAUCGUUUGUUUUAUAUCCUUAAAUCAAGCCGACCCCACUCUCUCUCUCUCUCUCUCUCUCUCUCUAAGAGAGGAGGAAGAGGUGUGCCUUAAAACAAGCACAGCCUCAGCGUGGUGGAAAGGCUCCAAACUGCCAUGGGCGUCGACAUGUCGAACCCUACUCCAGAUUCCCGCACCAAAGACUUCUUCGCUUCACCUGCUCUCUCCCUCAGUCUCGCUGGUAUUUUUCGGGAUGCCGGGGCGGCGGCAGCAGCUGCGGCCACCAGCACAGAGGUGGAGGAAGGGGAUGAAGGAAGCGGCGGAGGCGGAGGCGGAGGCGGUGGCCGGCGAGAAGAUACUGUGGAGAUUAGCAGCGAGAACUCUGGGCCUGCGAGAUCGAGGUCGGACGAUGAUUUUGAUGGUGAAGGAGAGAAUGACGAGGAUGGGGAUGGUGAUAAGAGCAAGAAGAAGAAGAGGAAGAAGUAUCACAGGCACACUGCUGAGCAAAUCAGAGAAAUGGAAGCGCUGUUUAAAGAGUCACCCCAUCCAGAUGAGAAGCAAAGACAGCAACUGAGCAAACAAUUAGGCCUUGCUCCUAGGCAAGUCAAGUUCUGGUUUCAAAACCGCCGUACCCAAAUCAAGGCCAUACAGGAGCGCCACGAAAAUUCUCUACUAAAAUCUGAAAUGGAAAAACUAAGAGAGGAAAACAAAGCAAUGAGAGAAACUAUUCAAAAGGCUUGUUGUCCCAACUGUGGCUUUGCUACCACCACCCGAGACGGUUCCCUCACAACUGAAGAACAACAUCUCAGAAUUGAAAAUGCCAGACUCAAAGCAGAGGUUGAAAAACUCCGAGCUGCUGCAGGUAAACACCCUCCUGGAACAGCAUCGCCAAGCUCUUCAUGCUCAGCCGGAAACAACCAAGAGAACAGAAGCUCUUUGGAUUUUUACACAGGGAUAUUUGGGCUUGAGAAGCCAAGAAUAAUGGAGAUGGUUAAUCAAGCGACAGAAGAGCUCAAGAGGAUGGCUACUGCAGCAGGGGAGCCACUUUGGGUCAGAAGUGUGGAGACUGGUAGGGAGAUUCUCAACUAUGAUGAGUAUAUGAAGGAGUUUGCUAGUGAUCAUCGGAAUUCCAGCAAAGGCAGCAGCAGGCAACCGAAGCGAGCAAUUGAGGCAUCGAGAGAGACUGCAGUUGUGUUUGUGGAUCUCCCACGAUUAAUUCAAAGUUUCAUGGAUGUGAAUCAAUGGAAGGAAAUGUUUCCGUGCCUGAUCUCCAAGGCGGCAACUGUGGAUGUUAUCUGCAAUGGUGAAGGCACAAAUAGAAAUGGGGCUGUACAAUUGAUGUUUGCAGAGUUACAAAUGCUCACACCAUUGGUGCCCACAAGAGAAGUGUAUUUUGUUCGAUGUUGUAAGCAACUGAGUGCUGAUCAGUGGGCAAUCGUUGAUGUUUCUAUUGACAAUGUGGAAGAUAAUAUUGAUGCCUCCCUGGUGAAAUGCCGAAAACGUCCAUCUGGUUGCAUCAUUGAGGAUAAAUCUAAUGGCCAUUGUAAGGUAAUCUGGGUGGAGCACUUAGAAUGCCAGAAGAGCACAGUUCACUCCAUGUAUCGCACAAUUGUUAACAGUGGCCUAGCCUUUGGUGCAAGGCAUUGGAUGGCUUCACUGCAGCUCCAAUGCGAGCGGCUUGUUUUUUUCAUGGCAACAAAUGUUCCCACAAAGGAUUCAAGUGGGGUUGCCACUUUGGCGGGAAGAAAAAGCAUUUUGAAGUUGGCACAAAGAAUGACAUGGAGCUUCUGCCAUGCUCUUGGAGCUUCAAGCUACCACACAUGGACUAAAGUCUCCAGUAAAACAGGAGAUGACAUAAGGGUGGCUUCUAGGAAGAACUUAAAUGAUCCAGGAGAACCUCUUGGGUUGAUCUUGUGUGCAGUUUCUUCUGUAUGGUUGCCUGUCUCUCCUCAUGUCCUGUUUGAUUUCCUCAGGGAUGAAGCCCGUAGAAGUGAGUGGGACAUUAUGUCAAAUGGAGGCCCAGUACAAUCCAUUGCAAACUUAGCAAAAGGGCAGGAUCGUGGGAAUGCAGUCGCUAUACAAACGAUGAAAUCGAAAGACAGUAUGUGGAUACUCCAAGAUAGCUGCACAAAUGCCUAUGAAUCCAUGGUGGUGUAUGCUCCAGUAGACAUAACUGGAAUGCAGUCUGUAAUGACGGGAUGCGACUCCAGCAACGUAGCCAUUUUGCCUUCAGGUUUUUCAAUUCUUCCAGACGGGGUUGAGACGAGGCCAUUGGUGAUCACCUCUAGGCCAGAGGAAAAGAGCACAGAAGGAGGAUCUUUGCUUACUAUAGCAUUCCAAAUCCAAACAAACUCGUCUCCAGCAGCCAAAUUAACUAUGGAGUCUGUGGAGUCAGUUAACACACUUAUAUCAUGCACACUGAGAAAUAUUAAGACAAGCUUGCAGUGUGAAGAUGGAUGAUAGGAUACCUUUGACAAUUAGAUAGAUGCCAAUUUACUACUUUUGUGGAUUUUCUUUGAAUUUUUUUUAAAAAUCUUUAGCAAGUUAAGUGAUUCUAAUGUCUUUUUUUUUACCCCACUAUCUUUGGUCCAAAUGAUUGAAGUUGGUUAUAUCCCUACUUGCCAUGUGAGAGAGAAAUUUUAUGAUGUAAUCUUAGCUCCAUGGGAAGUAAAAUUUCUGUGUAUAGAAUUAUAUUGAACUGAUAUGGCAUAUUCUGAGGUUUUGAUA